AUGCCAUUCUAUUUGCAUAACUCAGCGGUGAGGCAGUUGCAGUCGAAACUUCGCAAUAAACGAGAGAGUUUGGCUGAGUGGAAGGAGCGAUUUAAGAGACAGGACACUUUUCACGGUUCGUACGUGUCGCUGCGCGAAGGCACCGCAGAGGGGCGUGCGGCCACGACGACGCGUCGCGCCACGACGCUGAUCGCUGUGGAUACGCGCUGUUUGAGCGAGUCGCUGAUGACCGACGACUAUUUUUCGAAUAUGAAUCCGAGGGCGANGAAUAUGAAUCCGAGGGCGAUGAAGCGAAUCGUGAACGCGUUGACUUUGACUGGAAGGCGGGAUGUAGUGGAAGGUCCGCCCACAAACGCGCAUGCGUUUAGUGUAGCAAAUGCGUGCGUGGUGCAGCUUUGGGUGAAUGGAUUCCAUUCAGCUACUUGA